AGGGAGGGCCCAUGUGUGUGUGUGUGUGUGAGGAGGAAGAAGGUGUAUGCGCUGCUCAGUCUUGUGAGAGUGUACGAGCGGCUGUGUGAAACCUUCGGUCGCAGCUGAACGAGUGAACAGCCACACACACAUGCGGGAGAGUACGCGCUCCUGACUCGAUGGACUUUCUGGACAUCUCUACUAGAAACCCUCAGGAUGACUUUGAAAUCCUGCUGCGCGUCGGAGGAGGGACGUAUGGAGAAGUCUAUAAGGCCCGGAAUAAACAGUCGGGGGACCUGGCCGCCAUAAAGGUCAUCAAGAUGGAACCUGAGGACGAUUUCUCAGUGAUCCAGCAAGAAAUCGUGAUGGUGAAGAGCUGUAAGCACAGCAACAUCGUGGCCUACUACGGCAGCUACAUCAGGGCAAAUAAACUGUGGAUCUGUAUGGAGUACUGCGGAGGAGGAUCCCUACAGGACAUCUACCAUGUGACAGGCCCCCUCUCAGAGCUGCAGAUCGCAUAUGUAUGUCGAGAGAUGCUCCAGGGGUUGGAUUACCUCCAUGGUCAGAAGAAGAUACACAGAGACAUCAAGGGUGCCAACAUUCUCUUGAAUGACCAGGGUGAAGUUAAAUUAGCCGAUUUUGGAAUCUCAGCGCAGAUAACGGCCACAUUUGCACGCCGGAUGUCCUUCAUCGGGACUCCAUAUUGGAUGGCGCCCGAGGUGGCAGCGGUGGAGAUAAAGGGGGGCUACAAUGAGCUGUGUGAUAUCUGGUCUGUAGGGAUUACAGCCAUAGAGCUGGCCGAACUGCAGCCCCCGCUGUUCGACGUCCACCCGCUGAGGGUGUUGUUUCUCAUGUCUAAGAGUGGAUACCAGCCUCCAAAACUCAAAGACAAGUCUAAGUGGUCUACCAUGUUUUAUAACUUUGUGAAGGCGAUGCUCAUCAGGAACCCCAAAAAGAGACCAAGCGCCAAGAAGAUGCUCUCACACCUAUUUGUGACCCAGCCAUGUUUGAGGCAGGAGUUAACCCUCGAACUCCUGGACAAACUGCGGCAUCCUGAGAAACUGAAAGAAUGUAUACAAACAGAUGAUGAAGACAUAGAGAUGACGGUGCCAAACUCUCUCAGACGAAUUCACUCAAUAAACAGACACAACCAGGCCGAGAGGACCAACUCUGACAUCAGCCUGGAUCAGAUCUACACACAGAGACCAGUGAGCCGAAAACAGGAAUCGUCAGAUGGGACGUUACGGCCCACAAUUCAAUGUCAGUGGGUGGGCUCUCCAGACACCCCACCCAAAGGCCCAGUCAGGAACGACAGCACAGACUCAGACGACUACGACGAUGUGGAAAUACCGGCCAGCCAUUUCAUGAGUAGCACACUGCCUGUUGGUGAUGUUCCUCCUCCUCUUCCUCCAAAGCCGAAGAUCCGCAGCAGUUCGGAGGAGAGCAUGGCUGGAGACGACGAUCGCAGCAGAGCUCCGAGUCUCUACGCUCUGGCUCCAGCGCCGCUGCUCAGAACGUCCAGCGGAACACACACGCACAGUCGGCCAGUGCCGCGCCCGCGGUCCGUCCGCAACGUCAACUCAGACCCCUCCACGUUCUCAGGUUUUAGGUCAGAUCCUGUGGAUCCACAGCAGCCUCCUGAACUACCGCCCAAAAAAGACAGGCGGCGCAGACAGCCUGCUAAGAGCCCACCUGAAUGUGCCAGUCCACUACAGAAGAAGCCGCCGAUAUUCUUUAAGAAGGUGUUCCACGGCUGUCCUUUAAAAAUCAACUGCUCCACGACGUGGGACCACCCCACCACCAAAGACCACCACCUGAUCCUGGGGGCUGACGAAGGAAUUUUUACGUUAAACCUUAACAGCUCUGAGGCCACAAUUGAGCUGCUUUUUCCAGGAAAGUGCACAUGGGUGUACACAAUCAGUGGAGUCUUAAUGUCUAUAUCAGGAAAGUCCUCUCAGCUACACUCACACUCGCUAAAGGAGCUGUAUGAACAAGCUCGGAAAGAGCACCGCAUGGUCGCCCUGCCGACACACAGACUGCUGCCCAGGAAAUUUGCAAUCAGCACCAAGAUUCCUGAAACGAAAGGAUGCCGGGCCUGCUCUGUCGCCCACAAUUCUCAGCGCAGCUGUGUGUUCCUGUGCUGCGCGCUGGACGCCAGCGUGGUUCUUCUGCAGUGGUACGAGCCCAUGCACAAGUUCAUGCUCAUAAAGCACUUUGACUUCCCGCUGCCCACUCCUCUGCGACUGUUCGAGAUGGUGGUGGUGCCGGAGCAGGAGUAUCCGCUGGUGUGCAUUGCGGUCAGCAGGGGCCCGAGCGCCUCACAGCCCGUUCACAUGGAGAACAUCAACCUCAACUCCAACACCUCCUGGUUCACCAGCACUGGCCUUGAGGCCCAAAGUGCAGAGAGAGUUCAGCUGAAUCAGCUGGACAACAACACACUCCUUAUUCUCAUUGAGAAUACAGUACACAUGGUGAACCUGGAGGGGGCAGUAAAGAGUCACAGGAAAGUGCAGACGGAGAUCAACUUCACUCUAGAAGUGGAAGCAGUAGUCUAUUUUGAGGAAACACUGUUGGCGAUAUGGAAACAUGGCUGGCAGAGGAGAGGAGAAGUUUUCUCAGAAAUUCUGCAGGAGAUCACGGAUCACAGGAAAACAUUCCGCCUCGUUGGCUCAGACAGGAUGGUGGUCAUGGAGACGCGUCAGUGUGAAGACCAGUCAGGAAUGUGUAAUCUGUACAUCCUGGAGAUCGCGGAGAACUUCGUACUCAUGCCCUGAGUACACAGCCGCCCCAUUUUCUCAUCUCACCCCAGCAGCCUUUUACUUAUAAAACAAGAUGUGGACACUGACAUCAGCAAGUUGACCGCUGUGCGUGCACCGCAAACACCGGACAUUUCUGCCGCCGCCACUGACGCACACCUCUGUGUGUUUGUGCGUGCACACUCUUCUUCCAUUUCACUUCCGCUCGGACCUUGCGAGUCUGUGCAUCUACAGUAUUGAGAUAUUCCUGCUCCUGGACGGUUGACCAUGAAGCAAAAUUCAGCAUCUGUGCGCUCGAGCCAAAGCCAUCACCGAUUGGAGGAGAGAAGAUUCCAGGCGGCACACGAAUGACGAUUUUUAAGGACCAGGUCAUCAAAACGUUCACAUCCUGUUGGUGCUAAUUAGACGUUAGCAUAACCCUGCUAUUGAAAAUAAGGAUUGUUCAAGUGGAGUUUUCUGGAACUCUGAAAAUCGCCUACUUUUCCCGUCACUCCAAAUGCAGUCGAUCAGUCAAGCAUGUUUGGUUUUCAAUGUUUGGUUCUUUAGCUGUGGAGCUAGCACAGCUAACAAGUAUUAGAAGCUAAUUCUAGCCCAGUACAAAACAAAGACAAAAGCCCACCAACCAGACAAAUACCUGACCUGGUCCUGGACAUCUACGUUCCUGUGAACUCUAGUUCCAGCCACACCUGCUCCAGCUAGUUAACUUCUUCAAAAGCUCUUGACUGGUUGGAUGAGAUGCAUCAGUGACUGUGUUUAAAUGCGCUCAAUAAUCCGAUCAUAAUCAGAUUUUUGGAGUUAUCUAAUUAUUCAAGUGGUCGUGUAAACAGCACACUCUGAUUUCUUAGAUCGGAAUAAGGUCUAGAAACCCAAUUAAGAAAUCAGAUAAAGAGGCUGGAGUUUAGCUCAGUAAUCAGAUUUCUCAGCGCAUGUAAACUCUUACUUUG